AUGGAGGCCAUCAAAAAGAAGAUGCUCAUGCUGAAGUUGGACAAGGAGAAUGCGUUGGACCAGGCUGAACAAGCUGAAGCAGACAAGAAAGCAGCAGAGGACAGAAGCAAGCAGCAUGAAGACGAAAUUCUGCAGAUGCAAAAGAAGCUGAAGGGGACAGAGGACGAGCUUGACAAAUACUCUGAGGCCCUGAAGGAUGCUCAGGAGAAGCUUGAGGUGGCCGACAAGAAGGCUGCUGAUGCUGAGGCAGAAGUGGCUUCCCUGAACAGACGUAUCCAGCUGGUGGAGGAGGAGUUGGACAGAGCUCAGGAGAGACUGGCUACAGCUCUGCAGAAGCUGGAGGAGGCUGAGAAGGCUGCUGAUGAGAGCGAGAGAGGUAUGAAAGUGAUUGAGAACAGAGCUCAGAAGGAUGAGGAGAAGAUGGAGCUUCAGGAGAUCCAGCUCAAGGAGGCCAAACACAUUGCAGAGGAGGCCGACCGCAAGUAUGAGGAGGUGGCUCGUAAGCUGGUGAUUGUGGAAGCAGAGCUGGAGCGUACAGAGGAGAGGGCAGAGCUGGCUGAGGCUAAAUGUGCUGAGCUGGAGGAGGAGCUGAAGAACGUCACCAACAACCUGAAGUCUCUGGAGGCCCAGGCUGAGAAGUACUCUCAAAAGGAGGACAAGUAUGAGGAGGAGAUCAAGAUCCUGACAGACAAGCUGAAAGAGGCUGAGACCAGAGCUGAGUUUGCUGAGAGGUCUGUGGCCAAGCUGGAGAAGACUAUUGAUGAUCUGGAAGAUGAGCUUUAUGCACAGAAACUCAAGUACAAAGCCAUCAGUGAGGAACUGGACCACGCCCUCAAUGACAUGACAUCUAUCUGA